AUGGAGAAAGAAGAAGAUACUAAAUCUAAAAAACAAAAAUUAAUAGAUUCAAAAAACAAUGCAAAAGCAAUGAAAAAUGCAUUACAACAGGUUAAUAAUAAUCUUAAACAAGGUGAAUGUUUGAAGCUUGUUACAGUAAAAAUCGAUGAAAAUAUAUUCGGUUGUGAAUUUGGUAUUUCUAUAAUAAAUGUACUUGAUGAAGCCAAUAUAAAACAUGAACGAAUUUCACAACCCGUUCCAAAUAUAAUUACAUGGACCAAAGAAAUUCAAUUUGUUGAUAAUGAAAAUGAUCAAGCACAAAUAUGUUCAACAUAUUCGGAUGAAAAUUACGCAGUUUUAAUUUUAAAUUGGAUUCAAAUUGUUGAUUUAAUUGAAAAAUCAUUAUUCAAAAAUUAUAUUAUCGAGAAAAGAACAAUCUUAUCAAAUAAAAAAGUUACACUUGGACUUUAUGGGCUGCAACGUUAUUUUAAACAUUGGAAAUGUAAAAAGAAUGAAAAUACAAAAAAGAAAACUAUUUACGAUAAUACACCUAAAAUUUCACCGAAAGUAUUAGAAUCAGAAUUAACUGAAUUGCAAAUAUUAGCUGGAAUAAAUCAUAGAACUUUGGAAACGCCUGAAGAUUUAAAUAAUAUGGUUUUACAGUUCACGAAAUCAAUUGCAGAAGCACAAUUCAAAUUUGAGAAGCGAUCAAAAGAAGAGCAAGUGAAUUGUUUUGUUAAAAAUUCGAAUAGAGAUUGUGUUCGUGUUGAUAAAGAUGGAAAUGGACUCCAAAGAGUUUGGCAACAACAGUUAAUGCAAUUUACUUUAGCAAGUUUAGAAAUUGUGCAAGCAAUUACAUCCAAGUAUCCAAGUCCAGAUUCAUUAUUUGAGGCAUAUGAAAAUUGCACACCAGAAGAUGGUGAACGUUUACUACAGGAUUUAUUAAUCAGGAGAACUGCUGGUCCUAUUGCAUUUCAAAGAAAAGUUGGACCAGAAAUGAGUAAAAAAAUUUAUAGCUUUUUCACUAGUGAUGAUGGAAAUACUAUUAUAUCUGCAGAUGAUUAA